GUGAUGAAACCUUGCAAGGCUCAUAUCACUUGAGCUGUUGGCAAAGCACAGUCACCAACCAACGUUUGUCGUUUCACAACAGCCAUAUAACGAGAUGGUCGUCCGCACCCUAAACGUCGUUUAUCUGAAUCACAAAAUGCAAGCAGUCCUUCUCUUUGCUCUGCUUGGGCUGGUUCAUGCAGCUCCUCUCGGUGAGACUGCCAAAGAUGAUGCCAUUACUGGGCACAUCAAGAAGAUUGAUACUGAUCUUGUGGCUUUGAAUGGGUUACUGGACCAGUACACUGGAGGACUCGUUGCUGCGUUGCCCAUCAAGGCUUCCGCAGAAACAGUUGAAACAUCCAUGAAAGCUGCUGUCACAGAUAUCAAAAAGGAACCGAUUCCGCUACCGGAUGCUGGAUUACAGACAAUGCUGGAUGCCAUUAAGACACUGAAUGGUAAUGUCAAUACCACAAUGACGGCGUUGGGUGCGAAAGCUGAGAAGUUUGGCGCUGCAAAGCCGAUUGUCCAGAAGAUCUUGGUGCGUAUGUCGGAUGUAGAGAAGGAGUUGGGUGAUUCUUUGGUUGCACAUGCGUCGCCGGCGAUGCAAGCAGCUGCUAAGGAGGAAGAUCAGAAGCUUCGAGAUUACUUCAAAAUUGCUCUCACGCAGUACAACACGUAGUAAGUGCCACUUCUUUACAGUGAUAGCGCAUGGCGGCUGCCCUUGCUCCGUCGAGGUUUGUAUUUGUCGCCUUUGACAUUGCCAUUGCCAUUGCUCAACACAUACUCGUGGCUUCCGCCUCGAGCUCAUCAUACCACGCUGUGAAGACGUUUGUCAGUUUCAGACGAC